ACUUCACCGAACCGACAUUUUAUCUUGAGUAAUGCAUGUCGUAAUAAAUAGUGUAGCAGCUGCGAUCUCUGGCAACUCGUUUUAAAGAAUGUGUGGUAUUGUUUUGCUACCGUGUAGCGUUAGCACAGCUCAAUGUCCAUUUGGCCACAAGUCUGAUGAAAUGGUGACGCAAAAGACAGGGCUGUGAGCACAGAAUGGCACAGUUGAGUGCCAUCGUCUCAAUUAUUGUGGCUCUUACUGGAGCAGCGCUUUUAGCUUCUAUUCACAAGAUCGAUGAAGGUCACACUGGAGUAUACUACAGGGGAGGAGCUCUCUUGACCACCACAAGUGGACCUGGUUUCCAUCUUAUGAUUCCAUUCAUCACGUCCUUCAAGUCUGUGCAGACGACACUGCAGACAGAUGAGGUGAAAAAUGUUCCCUGUGGCACUAGUGGUGGAGUGAUGAUCUACUUUGAUCGAAUAGAGGUUGUGAACUACCUUGUUCCCUCAGCAGUGUUUGACAUAGUGAAGAAUUUCACUGCAGAUUACGACAAAGCCUUAAUAUUCAACAAGGUUCACCACGAACUCAACCAGUUCUGCAGUGUUCACUCUCUGCAGGAGGUCUACAUCGGUCUGUUUGACCAAAUCGACGAAAACCUGAAACUAACAUUGCAAGAAGAUCUAACAAGCAUGGCACCUGGUCUCAUCAUACAGGCCGUGCGGGUCACAAAGCCCAACAUCCCUGAGAGCAUCCGCAGAAACUACGAGCUCAUGGAGAGCGAGAAGACAAAGCUGCUGAUCUCCCAGCAGACGCAAAAGGUGGUGGAGAAAGAGGCAGAGACAGAAAGGAUCAAAGCUGUGAUUGAGGCCGAGAAAUUGGCCCAAGUGGCCGAAAUCAAGUUUGGACAAAGAGUCAUGGAGAAGGAAACUGACAAAAAGAUCUCAGAAAUUGAAGAUGAGGCCUUCCUGGCACGGCAGAAGGCCAGAGCAGAUGCUGAAUUCUACACUACACUGAAAGCAGCAGAGGCCAACAAGUUGAAGUUAACACCUGAAUACUUACAGCUGAUGAAGUACAACGCCAUUGCUGCCAACAGCAAAAUCUACUUUGGGAAAGACAUACCCCAGAUGUUCAUGGACUCUGCUGGCAGCGCACUCAAGUCCUCUGCAGCCAUGGAUCUUGUGGCAGAGCAGAAUUUGGACAUGGAUUAGCAGGGAAUGUGCAUCAUUUUGGGAGCAAGAGGACGACCCAGGGUGGUGGACUUGAUGCUGGAGGGCAAUGACUCAAAGUGUUUCACCCUCCAGCCCAGACACUCUGCUGACCAGGCUCCUUAUUUUCUCAAGUAUCUCAGAAUCACUGCUUUAAAAACAUGUCGCUGUUUGACUAGGUAUGUAAAACCUCAGACUAGGACACUUUCAGGGUUGGAAAAUGUUACACAGCAUCUAGAGUUUAUUUUGCAAGCAAGGAACACGGGCAACAAGCAAAUGACAGCUGAAAUAUCUUCCACUUCAUCCCAACAAAUGUUACUCAUUCUUGGCCAUUUCUUAAUGACAGUGACAAAUUAGGUGAUGGGUUAUGGAAUAAAUGCAAUCCAGUCAUUAUUUUCGGACGUCUGAGUCCGCCCAAGACAGCCAAUCGACGCUGAUAAUGUAUUUACCGAUAUUACGCGCAAAUGCAGCACAAGUUGAUACUCACUCAAAUAGUUUUAAAAAAAGACAUUGGCCCAUAUUGUUUUUACAGUACUAGUCACCGCGCUAGUGUCGACUUACUUUUCAACACAUGACUAUCAGGCUGCACCCUCACUACCGAUACAGAAUGGACUAAUGUGCCCACAACUGCUAAAAAUAUUGGAAAUCCAAACUUUCAAGUGCCCCCCAUGUUUUUUUUUUUUAAUAAUGCUAGCACCAUGUUAAAUGAUCAAAUCUUUGCACCACUUUCAGUACUGAAAAAUUACACUGCUUUCACGUGUCAAGCAGAUGACCUCAAUCACAUUUAGACUCUCGUAGGAUAUACUGAUCAUCUCUCAUCUGUCAUGAAGUGGAUGAGAGGCAAUGCAUGGCAUCUUUGAAUCCCUAAAACCUCAGUUUAUUUGCUUCGUAGGAAUAAUUUUGAACUUUACAUGAACUGGCUUCACAGAACAAGCAUGGACCAGGCAUUGGGAGACAUUUAGUUUGUUUGACCAAAGCGAUACAGGCCACUCGGGAUUCUUGCUGGAGCCCCUCUUGUUGAUGCAUUAUUGAAUGCAGACAUGAUUGUUCUUGGACUGGCAAGACUGAAGUUGUUUAUGUUCCAGUCCAAACAAAACAUUUUGAUGAACAAGCGUGAAUUUGAAUUGUAAGGCUUUAACUUGGAAUGGACUAUGCGAGCACAUGUUUUAUUGUGAGUAGUAUGUAGUUUUACGUAUACAUUGCAAAUUUUUAUUUGGGUGAAAGUCCAACAUGAGUGCAUGUGUGUUGCAGUUCAACAAAUAUUUAAAUGAUUGGAAUUAUUUCUGUUUCUCUUUCUGUCCAAAAAAAAAAAAAAACUUAAUACAGUUUUGUUCAGAAGUAUUUGGAAAUCAACAUAGUUUUCUAGAUUUCUUCUUAAUACUCCACCACAAUUGACCAUGAUAGAAUUUAAGAGUCGAAGUUUCUUUAAAUUGUUGAAGUCUGACAUUUAACAUUUUGGAAUUAUUCAUCAUUUUAUUGAGAUUAACACUGUUUUCACUGACUCAAUUUUGUACCAUAUACUCACCAAAUGUUGACUUGCCUAAAGUAUUUGAGCAAAAUGACAAAUAAAUAGGAUUUUUUUUUUUUUUUUUAAUUAUUAUUAAACUCUACAUCUGCAUCCUGACUACUUGGAGGACAUCACAAACCUGAGAAACUCAGGCGCUCUUUGGUGAUGCUUUACCAGUCCUUCACUGCAGCGACCUUCACUUUUAUCCAUUUAUUUGUAAUUAUUUCGGGAUGCACUUCUACCUUCACGUUCAUGUUAAAUAAGUGAAAAUCAUGGUGUACUGGGAUGAGAUCAGUCAAAAUUUGAUUUGGUCAUCGUAGAUUAUUCCAUGUCUUAAUAUUUUUUUCCCAAUAUGCUUUGAGUAAAUUUAUUCAUGCAUUGUGAGGUUUGGCUGACUGUGUUUUCUUGGUUAGAUGUGUCCCCCAAAAAUCUGAUGGCAGAAAAUUAGAGGCUUUUGGGAUGUUUUCUUGCAAAGUUGAAUUGGCUUCCCUCUUGUUGUACAAGCGGUGUAUUACUAUUUACAUUCAUUUGAUUAUAAUGUAGUUUUUUAUGAUUUGCUUUCCUUUUCCAAACUAUUCCAGACUUCUAUUGAAGUUGUGUAUUGUAUACUCGUUGGUAGAAAACAUUAACCAAUCAUCUACCUCGAUGAUCUACCUCUGUACCCUAGAUGCUGACAAGAACUCUAAUUUUUAAUUAUGAUUUGUAAUCUAACACCAACAUGUUCAUAUAGAUACAUUUGAGGUUUUAGCUUGUUCCUCAUAUGUAUGCUGUUCUUACAGAUGGCCCCAUUCUCAGAUGUCACCUGCAGACUUACCUGUUCUAUUUGGAUGGGCGGCACUUGGCCAAUUACCUUCUUGCGAAUGACUUGUCCAGUUCUUAUUAAGCCCCAAAAAAUGAAUGUACUCUGCAUAAAAUGGCCAUAAUUAAUUGUGUGACUGAUGUCAUUACAAUUCUCAAUCUAGUCUCACCAUUCCAAUUUCAACGUUAUCCAGAAAUUCACAUCCCAAAGAAAAUCAGUUUUCCUGCUGUUAACACUUUAUUUUCCAUUCAAAAUUGUUCCCGUUCAUUCCCAAUGAUGCAUUCAACAUAACAAAUUACCAAUAUUCCCAUUUGUAAUUCAAAAUAUUCAGCUCUUUCAAUUAACCUUGGGAAAAAAUUUCAUGAUCAUCUUUAGGCACUGCUUUUGAAUGGUUUAAGUAAUAUUUUUCUGGAAAACAUUUUUCUGUGAGUAUCAGCCCUUUUUCAUCAUCUUUCAGUAUCAUUCCAUAUCUUUAAAUUUAUUCCACUUUUUUUUUACCAUCAUAAUUCACAUUUCCACCAACAUCAUUGCACAUGAUCACGUAAAAGUAGACUUGCGUUUGGUGAAAACUUGUUAACGCUUACUGAAGUUUACACUCAUGUUUAUUGUUUUGUUUUGUUUUUUUGUCCUAACGUAAUUGUAGUUGUUUUCUUUCCUCAAACUCAAAAUUGUAAAAUGUCAUUGUCCAAACACUCCUGGACCUUACUGUAACUUAUGGGUCAAGUUAUAAACUCACCUUUGUUAUGACACAUGAGGUACUCCUAUAUCCAAAAACUGGAAAUAAUUAGAUUUGUUGAGCAUAUCUGACGUUAUAGUAAGCACACACAAGCAAUUAAGAACAACUGUCAUGUAAUCUAUUACAACUGCUAUUUAAUAUCUGUUGUCCUAAUUCAUUGUACUGUAUGUUAUUGCUUCUUCUCUCUGGUGGUGAUCCAAAUGGUCUUAACGUGGUAUGCUGUGUGGAUUUAAUGACUAACAAAAUUGACAAUGUUAUGAAAGGCUGUAUUUUGUACAAUGAUUUCAGUUGAAAAAAAAAAAAGACUGACAAUAAAACACUGGAUUUAUUUAA